UCCCCUGUUCUUCGUUUUUGAGAGAAAGAGGGAGGGAGAGAGAGAGAGAGAGAGAGCGACGCUUCGAUGACGCUCGUGGCAGGCUCCUACGAGAAGUUCAUCUGGGGCUUCUCCCUCAAAACCCUAGCAAGCCCCGGCCCCUCCGACGCCCAAACCCUAACCCUAACGCUAAAGCGCCUCUUCUCCUACCCGUCCCACACCGGCCCCAUCAAGUGCGUCGCGGCGUGCGGCCCCGCCGGCCUCCGGCUCUACGACCUCCCCUCCUCCUCCGAGCUCGGAUCCCUCCUCGACCAUGGCGGCGCCGUCACCGCCCUCGCCUUCUUCGCCUUCCCCCUCGCCCCCUCCGUCCCCCGCAACCUCGUCUCCGCCUCCGACGACGGCGCCGUGUGCAUCUACGACGCCGACCCCUUCGUCCACCUCAGGACCGUCGCCGUGCACCGCCGCGGCGACCGCAGGGGCGUCGCCGACCUCGCCGUCCACCCCUCCGGCCGCGCCGCGCUCACCGUCGGCCGCGACGCGGGGCUCGCCAUGAUCAACCUCCUCAGGGGGAGGGUGAGCUUCUCGUGCCGCCUCGAUCGGGAGGCGUCCGUCGUUAGGUACAUCGGAGAAGAAGGGGAGAGGUUCGUGAUGGCGACCGACGAGAGGAUCACCGUGCACGAUUCGGAGGACGCGAGGUUGAUCCAUGAGAUGAAUGGUGGGAAGAGGGUUCUAUGUGUUGCCCCUGCAGAGAGUGGAAUUCUCUAUGUUGGUGGAGAGGACCGUGCCAUUACUGCAUGGGACACGACCAGUGGCAAAGUCGCGUAUAGCAUUCAGGAUGCUCACUCAUCACGAAUAAAGGGACUCGUUGCUUUCAAAAGCCGAAAUGAUGAUCCAGAGGCAUCUAAUUUAGUUGUUUCUGCAUCCUCAGAUGGUUUUAUAAGAGUGUGGGAUGUUCGAAUGACCGCGAAAGAUAAGCCAGUUCCAUUGGCUGAGGCUAAUACAAAAUCCAGACUGACUUGCCUUGCAGGAUCAUCUCUAAGAAUGAGUGGCUUAUGAGUAGAAGAUACACGUUGACAGGUUUAUGUAACACCUUUCAACAGGUUUUGUGGGCCACAUUAGCUAAUCUAUACUCUGUACAUUUUCCGACAUGGAAGGCGUGCCGAAUCAGAAAGUAAUCAACAUGAUCUGAAGCAUUGAAGAGAUCUAAAGUAUUGUGGAGUAAUUAAAUAUGCUUAUGACUUUAAAAAAGAGUUUCACUGGGCUGAACCAGUUUUCUUCUUAGGAUAAUUGAGUUGUUACUUCAAUCUUUCAGUUUUUAUUUUUCUCUUAUGUUGUUGAGAUUUUGCAUGACACCUUGUAGGAUGCGAUGACCACGGUAAACAAGCAAAUUCUUGUAUCCUCUUCGACAUCAGUAUUUUUUUUUUUCAAAUUAAUUAUUUGCUAGUGCGUGUAUGUUAA